GCGCAAGUAGCUCGAGUGCCGAGCCUGUUUUCGGUUUCAAGUGCGGGGCAAUAUCUAUUUCUUAAGACUUACAUCAAAUUGACUAAUUUCGCUGCAGCAGCGCAGUCGGCUGCGCAGUAGCUGCAUUUGAAAUGCACCUACAAAUUUUUACCUGUCACUCAGCCGACGGAAUCUCCAUCUCGCUCUCGUGUCUGGCAUCUCACUUGCACACGGCGUUUGUGUGAAGGCAACGCCUGCAAGUGACACUCGAAGAAAGGGAGUAGGCAGCAGCCAGACAGACAAACGGAGAGGGACUGCCUUGCCUGCCCAUUGAUGAAAUUGACUUUUUAUGUUGUUGCCGUUGACUUCUCUUCGAUUUGCGUGGCGCUGCUCUCGGUCACUGUCGCUGCUGCUGUCUCCGCCGAUGUUGACGUCGGCAUCGGCGUCGGCGUCAACUGAAACUGGAUUUUUGGGAUUAAGUUUUUGUUUACUCUGAGGCGUUUUUUAGUUUGUUUGCACGUCUCAAGGAAGUCGGUUCGUUGCGCUCGCGUUCCGCCACAGCAAUCACAACAAAUAUAAAUGAAAUAAAAUAAAAACAAAAGCAACAAUUACUCAAAUCUGUUAAGUGCUCGUAACUGGAUUAAUACGAAAAUUUAUUGCUUUAUUAGCCGCAUUAAUCAAGAGGCUUACAACAAAGCCCAUUAAAUGCUUAAUCCAAACGAUCGAUCCGCAUAAAAAAAAAAAAAAAAACAAAUAAUAAAUGUAACCAAAUUCAGCAUUUCCAAGUCUGUUGCAAUCAAUUUUAUAUUUUUGCAUUUCUGUGAUACAAUUUGAACUUGAAUUCCGCGUUACCAUAAAUCAAUCCUUAAACAAGCUGCCAAACAGAAAAUCGCGCGAAAAACAUAAACCAAUAAAUUAUGGGAAUUUUGCUAAGUGAUGGCGAUUCGACCUCGGAUCAACAGUCAACGCCUGACUAUCCGCAGUUGAGCGGCGACUACCACAACGUGCAGCUGCAGGUGGCCGCCGUCGCUGCCAGCUCCAAGAUGUACCAUAGCAGCAGCGCCGCUGCGGCUGCCGCCUACACUGAUUUGGCUGCAGCUGGAGGAGCCGCCGGCGUCUCUGGCUACCAUCACCAACAGGCGGUGAAUGCGCCCGUAUAUGUGCCCUCCAAUCGCCAAUACAAUCACGUAGCGGCGCAUUUUGGCAGCGCUGCAGCGGCCCAGAACGCCUGGACCACGGAUAGCUUUGGAUCGGCGCAUGCGCAGCUGCCGGCGCAGUUCUACACGCAAAACGCCGCCGUUAUGAUGGCGCCCUGGCGAAGUGCCUACGAUCCAACUGGCUUUCAGCGCUCCUCCCCUUACGAGAGCGCCAUGGACUUUCAGUUUGGCGAGGGGCGCGAGUGCGUCAACUGCGGUGCCAUCUCCACUCCCCUUUGGAGACGUGAUGGCACCGGCCACUAUCUCUGCAACGCUUGCGGUCUGUAUCACAAGAUGAACGGCAUGAACCGGCCUUUGAUAAAGCCCAGCAAGCGACUGGUGAGUGCAACCGCCACACGUCGCCUCGGCCUUUGCUGCACCAACUGUGGCACUCGCACCACCACACUCUGGAGGCGCAACAACGACGGGGAGCCAGUGUGCAAUGCCUGUGGGCUCUACUUCAAACUGCACGGCGUCAAUCGGCCGCUGGCGAUGCGCAAGGACGGCAUUCAGACCCGCAAGCGGAAGCCCAAGAAAACUGGCAGCGGCUCCACCGCGGGAACUAGCUCGGGAUCGGGCUCAACGACUGAGGCCAUCAAGGAGUGCAAAGAGGAGCAUGAUCUCAAGCCCACGCUUAGCCUGGAACGCCACGGUCUCAACAAGCUGCAUACGGAUUUGAAGAGCAGCAGCCUCAUGGGCCAGCAUCAUAGCCAGCAGCCGCAGCAGCAGACGGUGCCGUCGCAUCAGCAAUGCUUUCCACACUAUGCCCAGCAACAACAGCAGCAGCAGCAGCAACAGCAACAACAGCAGCAACAGCAACAGCAACACCAGCAUCAGCAGCUCAGCCACCAAUCACAGUUAAGUGCAAGGCAGUUGCAUGCAGCCAGCUCGCAGCUGUAUACGCCCGGGAGCAGCUCCGCGGCCUCUGCGUAUACGACGCACAGCAGCAACGCGCCGGACACGCCCACACUGAGCAACGGCACGCCCUCGCCGCACUACCAACACCACCACUUGGCGAGCAGCUCGCACGGCCACCACGCCACAGCAGCUCAUCAUCAUCUGCACACGGCAGCCGCUGCUGCGGCAUAUGGAGUGAAGACGGAGGCAAGUGCCACCAAUUAUGACUAUGUGAACAAUUGUUACUUUGGAGCCUCGUUUGGUGCCUUGGGCGGUGCUGCCUCGUCGGCAAUGGCUGGUGUGGCGAGCGGCGAUCUGGCCGGCUAUCAUCAUCAGCACAAUGUCAUCCAGGCCGCCAAGCUGAUGGCCACAUCCUGAACGGAAGCGAUCUCUGUGAUCUCGUACCCACACAGCGCACAGCAGACACCAUCGUUGGAGCUUCGUUGGAAUCUAUAUUGAAAAGACUUUGAAUUAGUUUUAAAAAAGUUGCAAUUAGUUCUCUUAUGUAAUUCUUGUAAAUAACUGCACGAAAGUUUUGUACAAAUUUUUGUUUAUAGCUUCGUUCCGUUGCAUUUAAGUACCCAAAUAGUCUAAGGUUUAGCUACUACUAUAUAUUAAUUGUAAAGUGUUUACAUUAAUCUCUUUCUCUAAUUAGCAUAAAUUAUCCAUAUAGAAUAAAAAGCACAUCCAAUCAUAGAUCAUUUAGCCAUACGACUAGUAUAUUACCCAUAAGUCCAUGCAUAUUACCAUUUAAAUAAAAAUUAACUUAAACAUA